UCUUGCCCUAGUGCCAGAACUGUCGUGCUGGGGUUUGAACAGCCGUCGUGAGGAGAGUUUGUAUUUCAGCUCCUGUACACCAACUGAAGGCAGGCAGCAUGGACCAUCGUGAAGCCACCUUGGAGACGGACAAAAUCCAUCCAAACCGCCUGUCCAGUGUCACAGACGAUGAUGAGGAACAAGAUGCUGCGUUCACAAUCGUCAGGGUCCUGGAUAAGGUGGCCACCAUUGUGGACAGUGUGCAAGCCAGCCAGAAGCGCAUCGAAGAGAGACACCGAGAAAUGGAGGACGCCAUCAAGACCAUUCAGAUAGACCUACUAAAGCUUGCGCAGGCUCACGGCAACACCGGGUACACUGUGAACAAGCUGCUGCAGAAAACCCGCAAAGUUAGCGCUCGUGUGAAAGAAGUGAGGGCACGCGUAGAAAAGCAGAGUGCCAACGUGCAAAAAGUUGAAGCCAAGCAAGAGGAAAUGCUGAGGAAGAACAAGUUUCGUGUCGUCAUUUACCAGGAGGACAUUCCAUGUCCAUCAUCUUUAUCAGUUAUCAAAGACAGGACACGAGGGGAAGACGCCUUCUGCCUCCCCGAUGACCUCUCCUCUGACGAAGAGUAUUACAUAGAAGAAAGCAGAGCAUCCCGAUUUAAGAAAUCAGGCAUGAGACGCAUCGACAACAUAAAAAAGGCAUUUUCCAGGGAAAACAUUCAGAAGACGAGGCAGAAUUUCGGCAAGAGGGUAGACCGGCUUCGAACUAGAAUCGUAACGCCAGAGAGGAGAGAGCGAAUCAGGCAGUCAGGAGAGAGGCUCAGGCAAUCUGGGAUCAGGUUCAAGAAAACGAUAUCCAAGGCAGCCCCAACCAAGGAAACAUUCAAGAAGAAUAAGAAAACCAAGGAGCCGACAACUCCUGAGGAUCAAGGAGGAGUCCAAGAGGCCGGCACUGACACAGCAGCUGACAGUGGGGAGGCUGAAGCCAUUGCGGAGGAAAUUUCCUACACAGAAGUGAUAACCAAAGUGAAGAAAGACAGAGGUGGGAGCUCUAAAGGCCCUUCUCAGGCCGAGGAAAAGGGAGUGCUUACUCCAGAAAAAGUCAUGCUCAGACAGGAAGUUAAAGAAUCUGAAGAUGCCCUUCUACUGGAUUUAAAGCCCUCUGCUUAAGCAGGCAUGGUUCAUCUAUAGUGAAGGUGUCACGGUGGUGGGGAACGAGCAAUAGAUUUAGACAGUGGUUUCCAAAUUUCCCUCAGGUAAUUCCUCCCACGUUGAAUUGCCACUCCCUUCCCCCUCAGGGAACCCUUGUGUCAUUUUGGGACAUGUUUAAGGGCACAAAAUUUGGGAUGUUUGCUGGCUUUUUGUGUCUGUCACCUCAUGUUGGUGAAGGGUACAUAGAAAAUAUGCCCACCAACCCCCUGGGUCAGUGUUUUACACAGAAGGUUGAUAAUGGUGACUGUGCCAACCUUUGGGCAGUUCAUCUUCCCCUACCGUUCUUCUUACUUAGGGGCCUCUGAUAAAUUCCCUCAGUGCCCAGGCACACAGGUUUGGAAGCCACUGGUUUAGAGGAAAGUGUGUUGAUUAAUGUCUUGUUAUUUGAGGCAAAUAUAUCUAUAUGUAUAUACUGUUCAUUUACAGGCAAUGGAUUUUUUGUCAUCACUUAAUGUCACACCAAUAGAAAUAAAGAACUGAUCUUCUCAGAUG